CGGGGCCUCCCGGAGCUUCCUGAGGGAGGGCUGUCCCGGGUCCUCCUCCCCUCUCCCGCUCGGGGAGGGAGAGGCAGCCCCAGUUCGGUGGGGCUGAUGCCAGCCAAGCCCAACGCUCCCCUCCCCCACAGCCCUGCAAUGAGGAGCAGCUACAGCAGAGGGGAGGGGGAGCGGGGGCUGGAGCCCAGCCGGAGGAGCCCGAGCCAAGGAGCGAGAGACAAAGGCAGGGGAGCGAGCGAGCGAGCGCGCAAGCGGGAUGGGAAGCGGCGGCGGCGGAGACAAAGAGGGCCGUGGCCAACUCUUUCUUGCCGGCCAAGGUGCCUGCCUGCUGCUGCUUCCCUCCCUGGCUGUCUCGGGCUCCCACGGCAGGCAGCGAGGAUUAAGGUGCUGGCUCAGCAGGCAGAAGCUGGCCAGCGGCAGUCAGCACCACCACCACCUGCUGCCUCCAGAGAAGCUUCGAGGAACAGUAGCCAUGGCGCUGGCUGUCCUGCGCCUCCCGCUGCUGCCGCCGCUGCUGCUGCUGGGGGUGCUGGCAGUUGGGCAGAGCUCAGCAGUGUUGGGCACCCUAGACUUGCAAAUUGAUGAGGAGCAGCCAGCGGGCACCAUCAUUGGGGACAUCAGCGCAGGCCUGCCCCCUGGCACCACCACCUACAUGUACUUCAUCUCUGCCCAAGAGGGAAGCGGCGUGGCUACAGACUUAGACAUUGAUGAGAAUACUGGCAUAAUCAAGGCUGCAUGUGUGUUGGACCAUGAGAGCCGAGACCACUACAGCUUCAUUGCUGUCACCCCUGAAGGGGCUACAGUGGAGGUCAAUGUGAAGGUCAAUGACAUCAACGACCACACACCCACCUUUCCUAAGCAGCGUGGCUUCCUCCAGAUCCCAGAGCACACACCCCUCAACAGCCACUUCCCUCUGGAACCAGCCUUCGAUGCGGACAGUGGCCUGCUCAACACCCAGGGGUAUGCCAUCAAAGAGGGAAACGUGGGCCAGGCUUUCCGCCUGGAGACACGCCGUGGGCCCAACGGAGUCCUCCACCCAGAGCUGGUGGUGAGCACCGUGUUAGACCGGGAGGUCCGUUCCAUCUACACGUUGUUUCUAGAAGCCUAUGAUGGUGGAUCUCCCCCCCACAGCUCCCAGAUGACCUUGGAUGUGUCUGUCCAGGAUAUCAAUGAUAACGCCCCAGCCUUCAAUCAGAGUCGCUACCACACCCUCAUCCCAGAAAAUCUCCAGCCAGGUAGCAGCAUCAUGCAGGUCUUUGCCUUGGAUGCUGAUGAGGGGGGAAAUGGUGCUGUGGUGUAUGAGAUCAACCGCCGGCAAAGUGACCCUGAGCAGUACUUCACUAUUGAUGCUACCACAGGCGUGAUUAAGCUCAACAAGGGGCUGGACUAUGAGCUACGGAAGGUUCAUGAGCUCGUGGUGCAGGCACGAGACAGUGCAGUGCAUCCAGAAGUAUCCACUGCCUUUGUCACCAUCCAGGUCCGAGACUACAAUGACAACCAGCCCACCAUGACCAUCAUUUUCCUCAGUGAGGAUGGCUCUCCACGCAUCUCAGAAGGGGCCCAGCCUGGGCAGUUUGUGGCCCGCAUCUCUGUCUCAGACCCUGACUAUGGUGAGUAUGCCAAUGUCAAUGUCUCCUUAGAAGGUGGCGAUGGUAAAUUUGCCCUCACCACCAAGGACAACAUCAUUUACUUGAUCUGUGUGGACCAAAUGCUGGACCGAGAGGAACGUGACUCUUACGAGCUGCGAGUGACAGCUACAGAUGCAGGAACACCACCCCUACGUGCUGAGUCGGCGUUUGUGCUCCAGGUGACAGAUGUCAAUGACAACCCACCCCUAUUUGACACCCAGGAGUAUGAACAGAGUGUUCCUGAGGUGGUCUAUCCUGGCAGCUUUGUGCUGCAGGUGACGGCACGUGACAAAGACCAGGGCCCCAAUGGGGAGGUUCGCUACAGUAUUCUGCACACCCACCACACCCAUUCCCAUUGGUUUGCCAUAGAUCCUGCCACUGGCAUUGUCACUACUGCCUCUUCUCUGGACUAUGAGGUUGAUUCUCAGCCCCAGCUGACUGUGGUGGCCACAGAUAGGGGCAAGCCACCGCUCUCUUCCACCGCGGUGGUCCACGUGACCCUGCAGGAUGUCAAUGAUAAUGAGCCCAUCUUUGAAAGCAACUUCUACAACAUCUCCCUGAAAGAGAAUGUGCCUUCUGGCACCUGCUUCCUCCAGGUCACGGCUACUGAUGCUGACAGUGGUUCGUUGGGCUCCCUCUCCUAUUCACUGGGCACGGGCCUCACCAGCUUUGCUCCGUCUGCAUUCAGCCUUGGGAAAGAGACCGGCCAGCUCUGCACCACCCAGGACCUGGACCGUGAUGAGGGCAUCUCUGCCUAUGACUUCACCAUCACAGCUGUCGAUGGGGGUGGGCUGAGCUCCAUGGCCUAUGUCAAGAUUUUCCUGGAGGACAUCAAUGACAAUGCACCAGCAUUCUACCCGUUGGAGUAUGCCACCAGCAUCAGUACCCAAAGCCACCCAGGCUCUGCAGUGCUGCGCGUCACAGCCCAUGACAAAGAUGAAGGGCUGCACGGACGGGUGACAUACCACAUUGCCGCGGGCAACACACCACCGAUCCUCUUUGCCAUAAACCCAGAGACUGGCGCCAUUUCCUUGCUAGGCACCCUUGCAGGCAGAGCCAACACACUGGUGCAGCUGGAGAUUGCCGCUCAGGACGGAGGCGAGCUGGCAGCUCAGCCAAAUGCUCAGGUCAACAUCAGCAUUGUAGCCGGCACCGUCUCCCCUCCAAGCUUUGAGCGUGCUCAGUACUACUUCACGGUCCCAGAAGACACCCGGCCAGGCAGCAGCGUUGGUGUCAUCUAUGCCCACAACCCCCCAGGUCACACCGACAGUGUGUUUUACUCCAUCUCCUCGGGAGACCAGCACGGAUAUUUCUCGAUUGAGCCGGGAUCGGGGGAGCUGCACACCAGCCUCGCUCUGGACCACGAGACCCAGGCGGUGGUCUUCCUGGAGGUCCAAGCCCGCAGCGGCUCUCCUCCUGCCUACAGCAGCGCCCGGGUGCAGAUCAGCGUCUCUGAUGUGAAUGACAAUGCACCCACUUUCCCAGCGCCCUCUGACUCGGUGCUGCUGCCUGAGGGGGCUGCUCUGGGCACUGUGGUGUAUACAGUGCAGGCGGAGGAUCGUGACAGUGGGGCCAAUGGGCAAGUGUGCUUUGAGCUGGCAUCUGGGGGGGCAAGUGCCUUCACUGUGGAGCAUUUCUCAGGAAAGGUGCGGCUCAUGGGGACUUUGCAGUGGGCGGCCAGCACCCCCUACAAGCUGGUCAUUCUGGCGCAAGAUGGCGGGGCCCCCAGGCUCAGUGCCACGUUCACCCUCCUGGUCCACAUGCAGGCAGAAGAUGAGCGUGGCCCUGUCUUUGACACCCUCACCUACCGCGUGGAAGUGCGCGAAGGGGUGUCAGUGAGCACUCAUUUCCUGCAAGUGCGAGCUCUGGCCCGGGAGCCCAAUGCCCUCCUCACCUACCACUUGCGGGCUGAUGGAGAUGCUGCCAGCUUUGGCAUUGCCCCUGACACUGGGUGGCUAUACGUGCGCAGUACUCUGGACCGGGAAGUGCAGGAGCUGUACGUGCUGAUGGUCCUGGCUGUGGCUGGGGAGGGAGAGGGGCGCCAGACAGGCACCAGCACUGUCCGUGUCACCAUCACAGACGAGAAUGACAACAGUCCCCGGCUGAGCGAGGAGCGCUACUUCUUCACUGUGGCCGAAAACAGGCCAGCAGGCAGCAGCGUUGGCCGAGUGACCGCCAGCGACCGGGAUGCUGGGCAGAACAGCCGCCUCACUUAUCGGCUGUUGCCCCACGAGGGGAACUUCCUGAUCCACACACAGACUGGAGAGCUGAGCCUUUGGAAGAGCUUGGACAGGGAGGAACAGGCCAGUUACCAGUUGCAAGUCCUGGUGCAGGAUGGGGGGACACCACCCCGCAGUGCCACAGGCACCGUCUACAUCACUGUGCUGGAUGAGAAUGACCAUGCGCCCACCUUCUUGCACGUGGCCGAGGGGCGUGAGCUUCUCCUUCAGGUUCUGGAGGAGAAGCCGGCUGGGCUGCUGGUGGCUUCACUGAGGGCCAAGGACCUAGACGAGGGUGAGAAUGGAACUGUCUUCUACUCACUUUCAGGGGCCUGGGCAGAACGCUUCUCCCUGCACGUGGCCACAGGCGAGCUGCGCACAGCCACCAAACUGUGCCAAGCAGACAGGGGCGAAUACACUUUCACAGUGACCGCAAGUGACCGAGGUGCCGCUCCCCGGAGCGCGACAGCAGCUGUACGCAUCCAGGUGGUGUCCGCAGCUCGCCUGCUGCCCCGCCCGGAUACCACAGUGCUGACACUUUAUCCCACAGAGGGCCUGCAGCCCGGCUGUCUCGUUGGCUCAGUGGCUCCUCCACGGGAACCACUUCCUCAUGGGCAGGUGACCUACAUGCUGGUGGGAAGCAGCAGUGGGGAUGGCCUUUUUGUAGUAGAUGCAAACACCGGAGACAUCUAUGUGGCCCAGGAGCUGGACUAUGAAGCUGGGAUGAAGCACACCCUUCAAGUGAGCGUGGAAGAUGUCCUGCAAGGCUACCCCAGCCAGCGCCUGGUACUGGUUGAGAUCCAUGUCCAGGAUAGCAAUGACCAUGUGCCCACCUGGCCCCAGGAUCCUGUCACUGUGGUGGUGUCAGAGGGUGCCACCCCUGGCAUAUCCCUCUUCACCUUCCAUGCGCUGGAUGGGGACGGUCCUGGCCCCAAUAGCCAACUGCGCUACAGCCUCUUGCGCCAGGAGACAGCAGGCAGUCCCUUCCAGCUGGAUGCACCCAGUGGAGAACUGAGCCUGCAGGGAACGCUAGACCGUGAAACCCAGUCAGCCUACCGGCUGGUUGUCCAAGCCACAGACCAGGCUCACAACAUCAGCCAGCGGCACUCGGCAGCUGUCACUGUGCAUGUCUUCAUCAUGGAUGAGAAUGACAACGUGCCUGAAUUCUGCUCUCCAUCAACUGUCUAUGUUCCUGAGGACCAGCCCACUGGCUUCCUGCUGCUCCAGGUGGUGGCGAGGGAUCGUGACCUGGGUGAGAACGGGCGUAUCAGCUACACGCUGCGAGCAGGAAACGCUGAUGGACGAUUCCACCUCAGUCCCAGCACAGGGGCGUUGUCUAUCAUGAGGGCACUGGACCGGGAGGAAGUGUUCCAGCAUAACCUGACCGUGGUCGCCACAGAUCACGGGUCACCACGGCGCUCUGCCACCCAGCUACUGUUGGUGCAUGUGCUUGAUGUGAACGACGAGACACCUGCCUUUGAGAGAAGCAAUUAUGAAGCCACUGUGGCUGAGAACCUGCCCCCUGGUGUUCCAGUGCUGCAGCUGCAAGCCACUGACCAUGACCUAGGGGCCAAUGGGCAGGUGUCAUAUGGUGGUAUCUCUGGGGAUGACUUCUCCAUCGACUCCCACACAGGCCUGAUCAGCACCCGGCGCGCCUUAGACCACGAGACGUGUGCAGAGCACUUGCUGACAGUGUAUGCACGGGACAGGGGUCUGCCCCCACGCCAAGCGAAGGUGACAGUGCGUGUCCUGGUGGCCGAUGAGAAUGACCACGCCCCGGCCUUCCCGAGUGAUGCUUGUUCCUUGGAGGUACCUGAGAACCAGAGCCAAGUGGAGCUUAUCACUCUGCGUGCCACAGACCGUGACACAGGGGACAAUGGGCGCCUCUCUUACCAUUUGGCAGCUGGAGACCCCAAGGAAGAUUUUACCUUGAACCCCAUUUCAGGCAAGUUGUCCACCGCACGAGGACUAGAUCGGGAGCAUGUGGCCAGCUAUGUGCUAACUGUCGAGGCCUGUGACCAUGGUUCUCCCCCUCGCUGUGCCAGCCUGGCAAUCCACGUGCACGUGCUGGAUCUGAACGACAAUGCCCCUCGCUUUGUGCAAGAGGACUAUGCGGCCGAGGUGCCUGAGGACUUGCCUGUGGGUGCCCUGGUGCUGCUGCUGGACGCCCUAGAUCUGGACGAAGGUGCCAACAGCCACGUGUCAUACUUCCUGGCGAAUGAGUCGCUGGGGACCUUCCAGGUGGAGCCAGAGACAGGCCGCCUCACCAGCACCCAGCCACUGGACCGAGAGCGUCGGGCAAGCUACCGCUUCCUGGCCCUGGCGGUGGAUUCCUCUCCCUUGAAGCCCCAGAGUGCCUCAGUGCAGAUCACGGUCACUGUCCAUGACGUCAAUGACCAUGUCCCUGCCUUCCCACUCAGCCCCCUUGUUGUCACCCUGCCCCGCAACACGCCGCCCAAACGGGUGGUGGCCACGCUGCGCGCAGAAGACCACGACGCUGGAGCCAAUGCCUCCCUCCUCUACCGCUUUGCCACCCCCACACUGGCCUUUGCCAUCAACACCUACACGGGGGCCAUCCAGCUGCUGCAGCCCUUGGGGGGCCUCAGCCCACGCCAGCGAACCUUAUUUGUGAUGGCCAGCGACCUGGGACAGCCCCCACUCUCCUCCACGGGCGUGGUUGUAAUUCACCUGCAGGAUGAGGGCUUCCGGGGAGUGCGAUUUCCCCGCAGCACCAGUGACGUCAUGCUGCCUGAGAAUGCUGCACCAGGCACCACCGUGGUGAGCAUCCCGGCCACACACUCAGCUGGCUCCUCAGGGCACAUUGCGUACAGCAUCGUCAGUGGCAACGAGAAGGGCGCUUUCCGCAUCCAGCCCAGCUCAGGCAUGGUGUCUGUGCAGAAUCCCAGGAGUCUGGACUUCGAACUGAGCCCUCGCCUGCGACUCGUGCUGCAGGCAGAGUCGGCCUCCUCCUUUGGCUUCAUGGCUGUUAACGUCAACCUGCAGGACGUCAACGACAACUGCCCGCGAUUCCAGCUGCCCAACUAUGUGGCCUUUAUCUGGGAGGCCCAGGGCUAUGACUCUCCAGUCAUCCAGGUUGUGGCAGAUGACUUGGAUCAGGGUCCCAACGGCCAGGUGACCUACAUGAUCAACCAGACAUUCCCCAUGAAUGGGCUGUACCACAUCAAUGCCCAGACAGGAGCGAUCACCACAGCAGCUAUUCUGGACAGGGAGAUUUGGGCCCAGACGCGGCUGGUGCUGACAGCAAUGGACAGAGGAAACCCUCCACUUGUGGGCUCUGCCACCCUUACGGUGCUGGUGAUGGAUGUCAAUGACAACAGCCCUACCAUCCCAGCUCCCUGGGAGGUGCGAGUGCCUGAGAAUGUCCUACUGGGCACCGAGAUCGCCAUGGCGACGGGCAACGACGUGGACUGCGGGCCUCUGCUCUCCUACACCCUCGUGCCAGACAGCAGCACCACAGGCACCUUCAGCAUCCUGCACUAUGGAGGGCGCAUUACGCUGAUGGCCCCCCUGGACUAUGAGCAGCGCAGCCGCUACACUCUGACCAUACGCGCCUCUGACUCCCAACACGAGGCGGAAGCCAAUGUCACUGUGCUGGUGGAAGACGUGAACGACAACCCUCCAGUCUUUGCCCAGGCACUGUAUCAGGUAAUGCUGCCAGAAAACACCCGAGCUGGCAGCCCCAUCCUGACCCUCAGCGCCACAGACCUGGACUCUGGCUCCAACGGGGCAGUCACUUACCAGCUGGCCAGGCCAAGCCACAUCGUGUCCAUCCAUAGCAGCAACGGGACCUUGUUCACUACCCAGCACCUGACACUGGAUCCAGGACGCCCCACGCUGGACAUCCUGGUGGAGGCUCAUGACAGGGGCACUCCGAGCCUCUCAGCCUGGACCACAGUGCAGAUCCACGUGCUGGAUGUGAAUGACCAUGGGCCUCAGUUCUUGAAGCCACACUACAAUGCCUGCGUGUCGGAGGACCUGAGCCCAGGCACCACCCUCCUCACCCUGGAAGCCACAGAUGCUGACGUAACACGAGACAACGCAGUCUUGGACUACACCAUUGUCAGUGGGAACAGUGGCCAUGCUUUCCAGCUGGAGGGCCGUGUUGGUGGUACCAGUGCCCUGGUCCUGGUUGAGCCACUUGACUUUGAGGCUGUGACAGUCUAUAACCUGACAGUGGCCGUGUCUGACCGGGGAGUGCCACAACACAGUGCUGUGGUACCUGUUGUCCUGACUGUGAGAGACGUCAAUGACAACCCACCUGUUUUUGGGCGCCCUGCCUACCAUGUGGCAGUGAGUGAGGGCACCGUGCCGGGGGCAGAGCUGCUCCGUGUAGCUGCCCAUGAUCCCGACUCUGCCCCCCAUGGCCAAGUCCGCUACAGCAUCAGCUCUGGUGACCCUGGCGGCCUCUUCCAGCUGCAUCCGUCCACUGGGGCACUCCGCCUGGCCAAGGCGCUAGACUGCGAGAUGCAGGCCCAGCACAGCCUGGUGGUCCAGGCCUCCGAUGGGGCAGGUGGGCACUUUGCACUUGCAUCUGUCACUGUUGAGGUAAAGGACGUCAACGAUAACCUUCCCUACUUCCCGGUAGAGACACUGAGCUGCAGCCUCAGAGAGAACCUGCCCCCGGGAAGCCUGGUCACCACCAUGCGUGCGGUUGACACAGAUGUGGGGGUCUUUGGGGAGCUGCGUUAUGCUCUGCUACAGACAGAAGGGUGGGAUGCAUUCACCCUCAACGGCAGCACUGGGGAACUGCACUCACUCCUGCCCUUUGACUACGAGCGCACCAAGGCUUUCCAGCUGUUGGUGCAGGCCACAGACAUUGGCAACACCACUGCAACGGCCACUGUGCGUGUCCUGGUGACUGGAGAAGAUGAAUAUGACCCUGUCUUCCUCAGCCCAGUCUUCAGCUUUGAGAUUCCUGAGGGGGCACGCCGGGGGCAGAGCAUAGGCCACGUGACGGCCACGGAUGAAGAUGAGGGGCCCGAUGGCGUGGUGCUCUACACCCUGACCAAAACUUCCCCCUUCUUUGGGAUCAACCACACCAGCGGCACCAUCUACCUGCGUGUGGACAGCCAGGCGCCACCAGGUGGGCGUCCCAAGCGAGAGCCACGGGAAAUGGUGCUGGAGGUGCAGGCCCACAGUCCCCUGCCUGCGUCGCGCUCAGCCUCCGCCCAAAUUGCCAUUGAUGUGACACAUUCGUCCUUUGGUCUGUCCACCGACCUCAACCUGCUGCUGGUGGUAGCCGUGGCCGCCUCACUUGGUGUGGUGCUGAUGCUGGCUGCUGUGGCCAUUGUGCUGGCCCUUCUCCGGUCUCGGCAGGGUCGUGGCCAGAAGGAGGCAGAUCUGGCCCAUGUGCAGAAGGCAGGCUGUGCUGGGCCAGCGAUGCCCAGCGGGGACUGUCUCUAUCAUGAGGCACUGCCCGGCUACGGCACAGAACCAGCAAGUGCCUACACCAGGGGAGGGUCGCUGGACCCCUCCCACUCAAGUGGGCGGGGCUCAGCUGAGGCAGCUGAGGAUGAUGAGAUCCGCAUGAUCAACGAGUGCCCCCGCAUGUCCAGCGUCACUUCUUCCCUGCAAGAGCACCUUGCUGCCCGAGGGCCUGACUCUGGCAUCCAGACCGACGCGGACCGUCUCUCUGACAUCUCCUGUGAACCCACCACCCUGGAUGCCGCCCACUGGUUCAAGAACAGGAAGGGGCCGAGCCUGUUGCUCCCUGGGCAGCCCCCACAACUCUACCGGGAUGGCGGGGGUGGCAGUGGGGCCUACCUGGGUGCUGGCUGCGGCCUCAGCGUGCCCUCCACCAAAGACUACUCCUUCCCCGAGGACGGGCAGCCCUGUGUAGACGGCUCCCUCACAGCCAUUGUGGCCAGCGACGAGGAGCUACGUGGCAGCUACAACUGGGAUUACCUCCUCAACUGGUGCCCCCAGUUCCAGCCGCUGGCCAGCGUCUUCACAGAGAUUGCCCGCCUCAAGGACGAGAGCUCCCUGCGCAAGCCCCUCCCCGCCAAGCCCAAGCCCCGAAUUGACCCACCCCCCCUCAUCACCUCUGUGGCACACCCUGGGGCCAAGUCAGUGCCCCCAAAGCCAGCGGUGGGGCGGGCCUUCCCACACCUGUCCUCCCUGCGACGCUCCCCAAUCAGCCACGAAGGGUCGCUGUCCUCUGCGGCCAUGUCCCCCAGCUUCUCGCCAUCCCUCUCCCCGCUGGCAGCCCGGUCUCCGGUGGUCUCACCCUUCGGGGUCUCCCAGGGCCCCUCAGCCUCCACCCUAAGCACAGAGCACUCCUUGGAGGCCUCUGAAGAGGCUGAGCUCCGCAUAUAGCUCGCGCUCUGGACUCUGGCCCACUGAGCCAAGCUGCCGCCUUCUUCCGCAGCUCCAGCUGAGACUCGUACCCGGCCGGCUCCUGAGUCUGGGGCUGUCCGCCCAUCCAUUGGAGUGUGGAGUUGCAGGAGCCGCUUCCAGUGAUGUAAAGGGAUUCUGUGAGGGGCUAGAUGAGGUUGCUUUCCUCUUCAGGUGACGGGCUGAAAAGCAGAGGAAGCUGCCAGCCCAGGACAGCAUGCGGACCAUGGCCACGUGCCCACGGCAGAUCACAAGGCCGUCCUUUCUCUCCCCGUUCCCGCACCACAGACACCUUUUUUCACUAUUGUUCCACUCGCCCCCAACUUCACUCACACAGACAGAUGUGAUGCUGUGCACUCCCUGCAUGCAGUCUGCUGGGCUCAGUGGCUUGUCUGGAUCUGCAGAAGGGAGUCCAGCUGAAAUGCCCUUUAACUCUCAGGGCCCCAAACCACUCCUGGGGUAGGCAGCUACCAUACCCAAGGAAAACGGCACCUGAAGCACAUCUCCACUGGCAGCCCCCCUCCCCAUCACCAAAGAGUGCAGCUACUAUCAAGGGCUCCUUGGCUCAACACUAAGCGGCUCUCUUUCUGGGGCAACUUCUGCUAUUCAUCACCCCACACCCUCCCUCCAGCUCCCCCUAUGUGCCAGGGAGCCCCAUGGCCCAUUCCCACUCCUUGCUUUGCACUGGCAUAUGCUCAUUGGGGGGGCUGGUCCCCCCCACUGCAGAAAUCUUCUGCUUGGGAGAGGGCUCACUCACUCUGUGUGCAAUCCAUAUGUGCCCAGGAAGGGUGACACCCCAACAGUUUGGCACUGGGCACGGGGGCCAUGAGGCUGGGGGCAGAUUAGGUGCAUGUGUUUGUGUUGGUUCAAGACUGGAGCAGGAGGUUGUCUCCCAUGCUCCCCAGAACCCCCCCAACACAAAGAAACACCUUGCAAUAACAGUGUUCUCCUCCUUCCCCUUGGCUUUUUUUUUGGGGGGGGGAGAAUUAAUGGCACUACCAGAGCAAUAAUCAACCCCCCCAUUUGUCUCCACACCACAGGAGGGAGAGUAAGUGCAAGUUCACAGUUGUGGCCGCCUUGCCCGACUCAGCUCUUUAUCAGUCCAGCCUGCCCAGUGGUGGCUGCGUGGCAAAGGGCAGCCGCUCCUCUCCAGGGUUCAGGCAGGGGCCAUUGCCAGCCCCACCUGGAGACGCCAGCCUGGGACUGCGCCUGGGGCCUUCUGCAUGCAAAACAGGUGGCCCACCCACCCAGCGGUGACCCAAGGAGGUGGUCUGUGCACAUGCGUGUGCAUAUGGCAGCAUGCUGAAGCUGGUUGAUGACUACGCAUGUGUGGGACGGGAAUGAAGUCCCUGCAGUGGCCGAUUUGGGAGGGGGCCCACGGCACAGACACAGACUAAGUCAACAUCCUUCUGUAUGCAACAACUUUGGCACCUGCCUGCAGGGGGUCCUGUGCUGUUUCCAGUGACAGCCGUGACAGCCCACUCUGGAUGUAUAUUUGAUACAGAAUAGCAUUAACUGCAGGGGAAGGGAUGCAAAGGACAACGCUUUCCCUGUUGCUGCCAUCGCUCACUGUGCCAGGGAAAGCUUCACCUGCAGAACUGGGGGCUGUCACGGGCAGGAACAAGGGAGCGCUCCUCGUGCGUGGGGUGGUUUCCUUUUUUCUGUCUCGGGCCUUUCUGCAGAGGAAGGAGAGGGCUUUCAUCAGGUUUGCAGGGCGCAGGAGGCCGCCUUCCCCAUGUUGCUCAAGGGGGGGAGGGUGCACCCUGCAACAUAAGGGGCUCCCUACAGCUGGACCGCUUGGAGCAGGUGGUUGGGAGGAAGGCCGAGGCCUGGUCCUUGCCGGUCUCCUGUAGCCGAGCCCAGUCCUGCCUGGAAGCCGUUGUCUCUGCUGCCACCCCGGCCACGCGCGCACCACCUCUGUCCCGCCGCCGCCGCGGGCUUGGCAUGUCCUGGCUCCACCAGCUGGGCAGAUCCCAUUUAUUUAUUUACUGUAGUCUGUUCUGUUUCACGCGUUUGUAUCUUUUUGUAUCGCUGAGGAUCAGCAGUGGGGGAAGCCCUCUCGGGCGCCGCCCACCCUCCCUGGCCCUCGUGUUGAGCGGGGACCAGAUCAAAGUGCCAACCUUUUGAAGUAAUGCCUUAAUAAACCACACCGCGUUUGUAUCAGACUCGAC